GGUUGAGUCGUCGGGUUGAGGAGGAGUGCGGUUGGAGUGCGAGAGGGUCGCGGCCGCGAUGAUCUGACAGAUGAAAUAGCGAGAAAAAGAAAGAGAAGGCGGGCGUCCUCCUACACAAAACAAUGUUCCCCAAAGGCAAAGGCACUCCGGUGCCGUCGGACGGCCAAGCACGAGAAAAGUAAGCUCAGAAACGUUUCUUAUUGUGUUUAUACCGCGUAAGUUUUCCUUCUUGCUCUCUCUGUUGUUCGCUGGACAGGCUAGCAAGAGGCGAUUUCCUCCUACCGAGAAAGGAAUUGAAUGAACCGCCUUGUCUGCUCGCCAUUCCUCCCCUGAGCUCUGCCUCUGCUACCUUUGGCUAAUUGCUGUUUUUGUACCUCGCGUCCGACUGGUUUCGAGGGCAAUUUUGUAGUGUUUUAGUCGGGGUUUAUCUGAUAAUUUUGCAGUUAUUCAGUCGAGAGCUCGGAGGAGGAGGAGAAAACAAUAACACCGACGUGCCACACAGUACAUUGUUUUCUCUGUUGCGCUCUGGAUUGGCUGCGUUUUUAUUUCCCUAAGCUCCAUCCCUGCCACUGGGAUACUGUACCUUAGCUAAUACUCAGUCGGCUGCUGGUUGCUUUUUCACGUUUCACAUCACGACGUAAAAUUUUGUGGCUGCUUUAGCACUUUCUCGCCACCUUCUCAUUGUAGUGAAUGUUAACCUGGAUUUGGCAACUGUGUCCCCAUUUAAUAUUUGGCAGAGGCUUUUUAGCAGCCAUUGUUCAGAGGGCCUGGACUCGUCUAGACCCACUUAGUUUGGCCAUUUAAGAGAUUUUACUUCUUGUUUAAAGUUUAUUUUCACAUGUUUGGUCAUUUUUAAUUAAUGUGAGCCGUAAUUUGUAUUUCUCCCACACAGGUUGGCUCUGUACGUAUAUGAGUAUUUGUUGCACAUAGGAGCACAGAAGUCUGCACAGACCUUUUUAUCAGAGGUAUGUGGAGUUCAGCCAAAAAAAAAAAAGAGUUAUUUGCAUGGAGAUAUAUUGUAUGAUCACUGACAUUUCCCCUUUCCUAGAUCCGAUGGGAGAAAAACAUCACACUUGGAGAACCUCCUGGAUUCCUACAUUCCUGGUGGUGGUAAGAAAUAAUGUCCUUGCAUCCUUGUUAACAUAUCCAGAGGUUGUGAAUGUUGUCUCGUUUGUUUCAUGACCUGUCUUGUCCACAGUGUAUUCUGGGACUUGUAUUGCGCUGCACCAGAGAGGAGAGAGACAUGUGACCACUCCAGCGAGGCGAAAGCCUUCCAUGAUUACGUGAGUAGUAGUGCUUACAUGGGGAAACUGUUGCACAAAUUGCUCCAUCUCCCACUAAAGAAGACAACAACUUUGCCAUCAAGGCGCCUCCAGCUUGGGUUGAGUGAUGACAUGGAUAUUUUGUUUUAUAUAUUUAUUUUUGGAGCUAUCAGAUCGAGGUCUUGUGAUUUUUGUUUGUCGGUGCUCUGGUCUUUACAAAUUUUCCCAUACUCCUCGACGAGUAAGCCAGUUCAACUCAAAUAGAUGACUCUUGUGCUUUUGAGAUACAUAUUGCUCAUUGUAGAGGUACAGGACAAAAUACUAUCCCAAUAGUAUAAAUACAAUUGCACUUAACAGUAUCAGGUCCACGACUUUGUUCUCUUCUGAAUGAACUAUCUGUCAUCUUGCUCUGUCUGUGCGCUGAAUGAUGCGCCCAACAAUAAGCUUUAUAGACUUGUGGUAAAAUGAUGCUGAUGUCAGCAUGUCCUGAGUCAGACCUGUCCAAUGAUUCUUUCCUUGUCCUCACCACGCUUAGGCUCCCUGCCUCUGUUGUAAGGACUAAAAAACAACCAUUCAAACAAUGUAUGGCACACAACCCCUGUUUGAUGUGUAGUAGCUCAGGUACUCGCUGAAACACAUUUCAUGAAAUGAUAUAAUCCUAAUGGGUUUGAAACCUAAGAACUGUAAGGGCAGACUUGGAUCCUAACUCUGUGGAACUCAGGAGAAGCAAACUCUUUGUAGCACAUUGCGUCUCCUACAUUAGCUCUUGUACAUUUGCAUGGAUUAGGUGUUUUGCAUCUAGGUAAUUAUGCCAUGGUGGAGAUUGUGCCUUUUGUCUUCUUGCAUUCAGUCGGACUUUAUUAAGAACAUCAAAAGGAGCCUCUUCAGGAUCAAAGAAUGAAAAUGUUAACAUGUAAACUGCUCCAGCUGCUCCCGCCUGUGUGUUUCUCCAGCCUUUUACUUUGAGAAGAGAAAGAAGCAUCAUGAAACUGAUGUAAAUAAAGUAAAGAUAUUUAAGGAGCCUUCUCAGGGGGACUAAUACUCAGUCCCGUUUGUUGAUUAGUUAGCAAUGUAUUAGGCAAGAAGGGGUUAAAAUGGAGAUGCUGGUCCUGCUGUUGGCAGAUAGGGUUGUCAGGGUAACAGGCCUCCUGAUCUGGCAGGUGACCUGGGAGCUAGGAGAGAGACUAGAGCAUGGCUCCACUCUGCAAUCAGCUAAUUUUUGACUUUCUUUAAGUGUUUUUAUUUACAUUUUUUCAAAGUUCUGUAUGUUUGGAAGAGUUGUGUUUACUAUCAUCGAUCACAUAUCAUUCUGCUCUUGACAGUCACUGUAAUUUCACUCAGGGUGUAAGGAUGGUUGAGUCGUCAAAGUCAUUUUACCUGAUUUUUCUUUCCUUAAAUUGUAGAAAUUAGAAGAUUGAAGACACAAAUCAUGCAGUAGUAAUGCUACCAGUGGCCAUGCUGAGACCAUUUUCCUAUCAUGGAAAGCAUUAAACAAAUAAGGGAGCAGUAAAGCGUCAGCCUGGACAGUGUGUGUCUGUUGUGUUGAGCAUCAGAGAGUUUCAGCGUGGUCGUCUCUUUCCAGCAUCUUGCGGUUGCCCUCCGCUCUGACGUUGGUUCUUCCUGUGAUCAUUUAUGGAUGUUGGGGGUCAGGAGUGUGGGUGUGUGUGUGUGUGGACAGUACUGGUUCUUGGACCCUAGCCUUUGUCUAAAGGUGUGGGGGAGGUGAGUGCUGCUCCGUUAGCCGGCAGCACUCGUAAAGCCCCCGGCAUAUUCACGCUGAUCCUGAUGAACGCCCCCCGAGGGGCCUCGUCGCCAUGGUGCCAGCGGCUGAUUGAUGGCUGUCACAGAGCUGAGGGCCAGAUUGGAGUAAAGAAAAGGGGAGUGGCACUGUGGCAUAUGCCCAGCAUCCUCCUCCAUGCAGGAACUGAGGGAAUAGUGAGAGGAGGGGGUUGGGGAGGAAGAGCAGAGGGAGAUGAGAAGGGGAAGGGACCCGCUAGAAGUAACCAAAGAAAGAGAGCGAGAGAGAGAGAGAGAGGGAGGGGGCAUCCAGUCAGGAUCCAGAGGGUUUUAUGAUGUUGAUUGAUGGUUAAACAUUUACAAGCUAAACAUCAGGGCUGGUUUCUUUUGAACGCUGGUUCCAGUGGAGUCAGACUGGUAAGAGCACGCUAAUUCAGAAGACAGCAGCUGGGUGGUCCAUGUUGCUUUUCUUAAAAAAAAAUAAAAAUCUCCCCUCUCUCCUUCUCCCUCUCUCUGUCUGUGCACCUUUUAAUUUUUACAGUUUCUUUAAAUAAACCUCAUGGUUAUCCUUGUCUUCCUCUUUCCUUUUGCCCCCUCCCCCAUUCGUUCCCCUCUCUUUCUCUCUACUGUUUUUUUUUUCAAAGAGAGCACAUCGACAUCCGCAGCGGCUCCAGCCUUCUGUAACCUCCUUAAGUGAUUCAAGAAUUUAGGGAAAAUCAGUUUGGCUGGGAUUGCUCAUGUGCUCUCAAAGUACGCACAUAUACGUUUACAGGCUGAUUCAUGGUGCUCAACUGGGGGGAGGGGGUAUUUACUGGUCUGUCUUAAAAGAGGUCCCCUGGGGAGUUGUAAGGAAGGCCCCAGACAAGAGCCCCUAUAGCCUGGGGCAUGGCUGAGACAUCUGCACCCUUUCCUGUACCAGAGACACGGAGCUCGUCCUGAAAGCAGCAUCAGACAGUUUGCUCGCAACAGUCCAGCAGCAGGGACAGCUGUGGGCUUCAGUGAGACACAAUAAAGACCAGAACGUGACAUGGCCAACUGCAGUGAAGUCAUAGUGAGAAAGGGCUGCCACAUACGCAUUUGCAUAUGACAGUCUUUCACGAAACUACCUUUACACUGCAGAGAGGUCUCCUUAUUCAAUGAGGAGUUUCAACAGGGUUGUGUGUAACAGGUCAACACCACACACACCUUCUUAGCAGCGAAAUACUGAGUGUGUUUCCCUUAAUAUGCUAUUUUAUUUGUCUUAGAGUGAUGACGGACAUCGUUUUCAAUUCGCUUGAAAAAACAUUUUCGAAGAUUAGUCCGAUAACUCCUCUACAUCACAUUUUGAUCUUAAAUAAGCUGUGAAUUUGAGAAGUUUAUGUGGAGACACAGCUUCUGUGAUGUGCUUUGAUAGUGAACAUAAAUCUUUAUUACAGGAGGUCAAUACAAAUUUAUGGAGUUACUUCUACUGAGUGUUACAUUCAUUUCCUUAUCGGUUAUCUACUACUGGAUGCAAAUAAACAGUUUUGACUCAGCUCCUCCAACCUUUUUCAGAAAAUUAAUUAUCAAAUAUACAAGGCAAAUAGAUUUGCAUAUAGGCUGCCUCAUGUAAAUAUUUAAACUCACACAAAUACCCUGCAAAGGGAAAUUUUGUCACUACUUUUGAUGAUAUAGAUGGUGUGAUGGGGGUAAUGUAAAAGAGCAGGCUCUUACCCCAACCAAGUGAGUCUUUUCUCACCCAUGGUUAUACUCUGUGGAGUGUUUCCGUCAUGCUCCAUAUUUAGUGUUGUAAUUAUUGUAAAUUUCUCCAUCCCAGCCAACAGUUGUGCAUUUUUCCUUCACUGUCAGUCCCUUUUUCCAGCCAUAAAUAGAUAAACAAAGGCCAGUGUUGCUGGACUUCUUUCAGCCUAUUCAUGUGAUCACAGUUAGUCUGCCACACUUGUGAUAAGAGCUGUAAACAUCGAAUAACGUAGUACAGAGAAAAAAAACAAAACAAACCAUUGCUAUGGAGUUUCAACCAACCAGAACAAAGCAUAUGACACAGCUAUGUAAUGAUGAAAAAUAACAUGAUAAAUGAUUGAACUGGGCAGAAACCAUUCACCGAGGAGUCUGAUGUUGUUUGGUUGUAACUAGUAGCUGAGGAUGCAUCCUAAAACCUACCAGCGCUGCAAGGGCCAGAUCGCCUGUAAGUUGCAAAACCCAAAAGUAAUACUAAUAGUAAAGUAAUAAACUACUGUAUCCUAUGCAUGAACUCAUUUAGCAUUACACUUGUAUGUUGCAAGGGACGCAUGACCCAAUAGGAGGUGAUGAUGACUUUUUAGAGAGUAAAAUCGGAGAUCUCGUGAAGUGCCUUAAUCUCUUCAAAUGUUAGAUAAUAAUUGUAGUAUCCCAGUUUUCUUCAACUCUCUGAUGUCUGUGAUUUAGUUAUAGUCAUAAAUCUGAAUGCUGUAGACAAUAAUAAAACAUAUUUAAUUGGUAAGAUUAACAUUGAGUCAAUAGAUGAGACCAGGAUUGUAUUCAAAGUGUUCAAAAUAAGUACAUUAAAUCAAACUUAAUACAGUUGAACUGCCAGAACAUUUAAACAUUUGAUUGUCUUUCUGUGAUUUAGAUGGAAUAAACAAGCCUUUUAGUAUUUACCCAGAGUCUUUGAAUUUAACUACAUCUUAAUAGCUUGCAUGUGGUUGUGUUAUUUGGAAAAAAAUUUGUAAAAUAGGUAGUGCUUAAUAAAAAACAUCAGAUUUCAUUAUAUUAUAAUAAUAAUCCACUCUUAUAGCUGGAGCUGAUGUUUACAUCAGAUGAAAUGGUAAAAAAUUGUUAGGUCAAUGUUAGUUUGAAGCUCCUGUGAUGAGUUUUUACCUGGUUAUGAAUAUGGCUGUCCCGAUGCGAUAUUGAUAAUGGGAUAUUGGUCCGAUAUCAGCAAAAAAACAAAAACAAACAAACAUCGGAUUAUAUCAGCCUGCAUCUAAAAUCUCCGAUAUCAGCACUCCUAUACAAGCAGUCCAUUCCAGACUCCACUCCGGCACCUCUAGCUAGCAGUGCCCAGACUGAAACAGACUGAAUAGACUCAUGAUAAUUAGCAAACAUCUGUACUUUAGUAAAGCCAAUAUAUGGAAAAUAGUGAAAAAAUGUUCAACAUCUGCUGAUUGGAUAUCGUAGAAAACAGCCAAAUGAUGCAUUUGUGAAUCUUCAAGUUGUGUUCAUAUGUUAGAGAAUAGCUGAUACAGAGGUGUGGUAAACUUUUUUGUGUGGUCAUGUGUGCGUAUUUUAAUCAGUGCUCUUAUAUAUAUUUGUCUUUUAUGAGAAGGAAAGAAAACAGAGACUUCCUUUAACAUUCAUCAAAAUUAAACUUUGAUAGGUUGAAAAAACUUAAAAGAAACCUACAAACUCAGUGACUGGCAGAUGCUGUUUUUUGCCUCUGGCAUUCAGCCCUGAACAAGGAUCUACUCAGUCACCUGACAUACCUACAACAUGAAUCUUCGCAUUACAUAACUUCCUGUAGUCUCCUAGGUAUCUGUGCAUGUCUGAAACAAGAAGUAAAAUUAAGUUGGUUUAUUUUUGCAUCCCAUAAAAAUGUGGAUUUAGUUUAUUUUUUAGUCUCUGUUCAAUUUUAUCUACGUACACCCACACCAAUCUUUCAAAAGCAGCCAUUACUACUUGAGUGGGUGGAUAGUUUAGAGUACCUGGUUUAGGACGGGGGAAGAAGAGCAGAGUGUAAAUUUCGGCUUUGGAGACACCGAGUUGAGCAAAUUUCCUCAAAACAUUUACAGCAGUAUGUUGUAAAGAUGGUGUCCUGUGUCAGCCAAGUUUGAGGGUUUCCAGUUUGUGAUGAGAAAUGGUAUUUUUAGCCGUCUGUGUCCCAGUGGUGGUGGGGCCUGGUGAUACAUGUCUUCUCCCUUCUGGCCUCACUUCUCUCCCUGCUGAGGUAUUUCACAGUGGCAGCCUGAGCAGAUAUAAUUAGGGGAGGUGCAGGGAUACCGAGGAGUGUGUUGGCCAUUGACUAGUGAUGUCUGUUGAGCGUCUGUUGUACAUUCAUCCUCGCAGUGAUCAUUGCCUGUUUGCAUACAUCUACGCUGUGAGUGAGAUAGGCAUUAACAAAUAGCACUGAAGCAGCCUCUGUUGUUGCGAGGCGGUUCUUUGGAAGCUAAACCCCUCUGCUCUGAAACACAUUAGCCCAGCUCAGAUUGCCUCUGCUACAGCGAAGAAAAACUCAGUCAAUUAGGAGUGUGUGACCGAAGCAAAUGGCACAUUAGUGAAUUAGGGCUGCGGUUUGAGCAGGAAAUCAGCCCAGCAAGGCCCUGCUGUGUAGCAGCACUUUAGAGCCUCUGACUCAGAGAAUCCCUCUGAUAUUUAUCUGAUCUGCUGGAUCCUGGAUAAGCAGGGUUAAGAAGCCUCUUUUAACACCCCUGUUCAUACUGGAGACCCACAAACAGUCAUAUUUGACAUGGAAUUAAAUUCACAAAUCAAGCCAAAGGUCGAGAAGCUGUACCAAAACAUGAAUCUUGAGGGAUGAUAAAAUAGACCGCCCUCAAUAACAUAACAUCUGUUUGUUAAGGUUGAUGCCACACAUGGAGAGUUUAUCGUACUGUUUUGUUUUAUUUUGUUUUCAGAGUGCAGCAGCUGCCCCCAGCCCUGUGAUGGGAGGGAUGCCCCCUGGUGAGGGAAUGCCAGGAGGACCCAUGCCACCUGGCUUUUUCCAGGUCAGUGAAUCCACAAGUGCUGCUCCUUGAAUAAUCCACUUAUAACUACUCCCCUUUAGCUCAAAAAGUGGGACAUUUGCCUGAAUAUGAAUUGGCAAAUUCAGUGAAUAUAGUGAUCAUUGUGCAAGCUGCACUCCUUCAUAUAUCUGAAAUGCUGUCAAAGUUUAGCCCCUCAUAUGCAGCAGUAUGUGUCGGUUUUGUUCCCUAUUCUUGCUCCUGGUUUUUAUCCACCCGGCUCGAGGAUCUCGUAGUAAACGUCAUAGUCAUUCUGUCUGCCUGGGCCUUUCCAGUGCUGUAAACAGGCAGGCGUGGCCAAGCCAUUUUCCCUAAUGGAGAAAUCGAAAGGUGCAGCACCUACUGUAAAUCAAUAUCUCAUGAGGAUAAACUCUUGGCAGGCAACUGUUGUGGGGCUGGCUGUAAGAGGCGACAUGAAAUUGCAGUGUUGCUUUGCCUCCACUCGACCAAACUAUUCCCUUUAAAUCUAGCAGCUUAUUAUGCACUAGAAGCCACAAAGGCGUUACUCAUUAUGUGAUCAUGUUAAUAUCAGGAAAGACAUUUUGACAUCGAUACAUGAACCCACACACACACUCAUACUUUCCAUACCAGAAUCCAUUGGAGGAGGCUCAAUUAGACUCCUCUCUCUCUGUCAGAUCAGCAACAUUAACGACACAGUGCCGGUGUUUAGUGUUGUUAUACAGCUAAUUGCAUAGAGCUUAAUUGAUGCUGUUAAUUCAGGGAAAUUAGCACUGAUAACAUGCUGCAUGCAGCAGGCUUCUUAAUGUCGUGAGUGACAGGCAAAAGAGCACACAUCCUCUCAGUCUCUUUGUGUGUUUUUUUUUUCUCUUUCGCUCAUGCUCAUCAUUUGCUUGCUCUUCCUGCUCAGUUUCUCUGAUUUUAAGCGUCUUUUUAAGCAUUUGUUUCCCACCUCGCUUUUGUUUCCUGCACUUCAGCUGCCCUCUGCCCCGCAGUAACCCUGCUCGUCUCUCUGCCUCUCUUUUGUCACUUUUCUGUCUCUCGCCUUUUUGUCUAAUUUUGUCUCAUCCUCCCCUCUCUCCUUCCCCCUUGCCUCUAUUUCAUGUGAUGCCACAGGGUCCUCCUGGCCCCCAGGGCUCUCCUCACCCUCAGCCUCCUCCCCCUAACAGUAUGAUGGGACCUCACAGUCAGGUAACGCUCCCGCUCCCUCUUUUUUCUCAGUUUCUCUGUUUUUGCUGUCUGCAGUCACGAGGGAUUGCUGGUUCUCAGCGCUGAUGCUUCAUGCUUUGGCACUCCUCUCUGCUAAAUGCUUUUAUGCUGCUUGCAGUUUUCACAAAAGUUUGCUAAGGUGUAAUCAGACUACAAUUUGAGAGGCAUAUAUAUUACUCUACUGAUCAUUCAAGGGUCGAUCUUGUUUGUGUUACAGUCCUUUAUGUCACCUCGUUUUGCUGGAGGUCCGAGAGGUCCCCCCAUCAGGAUGGGCAACCAGGUAAAGCUGAAUUACACAACAAAGACUCAGAAUAAAAUGUUUAAAGCCUUUUUUUAAAAACUGCAAAUCCAUCUAAUGUUUGUGGGCCCUCACAGCCUCCAGGCGGAGGUCCAGGCCCUCACCCCAUGCUGCCCAGUAUGGACCCCACACGGCCACAAGGUGCGCCAUUCUGAAACAUACUUCACUUCCAGUAGCAGACAUUUUUCAUGGCUUCUUGCUUUACACUAGUUCUCCUUUUCCUAUCCAGGCCAUCCUAACUUGGGGCCAAUGCAGAGGAUGAGUGGCCCUCGAGGCAUGGGACCCAUGGGACCCGGCCCUCAGGUAGGUUUUUCACUCAAUGAAAAUCAUCAUUACAGUUCCCUGGUUACCUGAUGGUUAGGGGUCUACAGGGAACAAGGAGAAUUGAUCAAAUAAUGUUUGUCUUAUUGGUCGACAUAAGUACUUUUAUUUGAAAUCAAUUUUAGGUCUUUUGGUCUCAUGACAUCAAAGCUAUUGAAGAAAAUGUUCAAAAUUUGCCUUUAAAUUUAACACAAUUUUUUUUAGAGGAUAAAUUAAGGAAAUAAAGAGGUGUGUCUUAUUGUUUGAACCUUAGUACUAUUAUUAGAAAUCAUUUUUAGAUCAAAUGGUCACAUGACGUGGAAGCUAUUGAAGGAAAACAGCCAUCAACUGGUAAUUUGUUGAUGGUCCCUUAUUCAACACCCGACGUUGCUGAGUAGAUUUAACUGCGCUGCUGUUGAUAUUCGCGGUUAUGGAGAGUGAGAAGACACCGGUAGAUCUACAGUGAACAUCCAUCCUAAAAUUAACUUCACCGCGGUAUUUUACAUUAAAAAACAUUUGUUGCCUCAACUGAUUUUAUUUUUUAUGCACACAUGUGCCCCUAAAUACAUUUUACAAUUCGCACACAUCUAUUUUUAGUCGCAAAUGCAAGUGAAACGGUCGCACUGUCGAGCUCUGGUCUAUAUUAGACUUCUAAUGUCUUUCUGAACACAUUAAGUAUAAGUUUUUUUCUCAUCACUACAUCCUCCUCUUUUCUUUUAAACUUAAUUUGACUGAUAAUUUCAUGAUUCUUGUUUGACGUUUUAGAACUUUGGUGGUGGGAUGAGACCUCCACACAACACCAUGGGUCCCGGUAUGCCAGGAGUAAAUCUGUGAGUCCUUUUUAAAAAUCAGUUUUUCUAGUUUCUUUUGUUCUCUCACCGGUGAUUUUUCAUCCAAGUCAAUUUUUCUGUUCUUGCAAUCUAGGGGCCCAGGAACUGGUCGACCAUGGCCAAAUCCCAACAACUCCAACUCUGUGAGUAGUUAAAGCACAGACCAACUCCCCCAAACACACACAUACACACAGAAAACGCUGGGUCAGAUUGCAGUCAGAUCUUCUCUCAGAGCUGCUGAGGUCUAAUGUAUUUUCAGGGUUCUGGUCUGGGAUGUAAUUGUAGUAUUAUGUGUCACGGUUUCCACAGACAGUUAGACAGACAGCCAUAAUAGUAUUAGGAUGAUCAAAUGAUGAAUGAUGACAUUUUGAGGUAUAGAAAGGGUUUGCACUCAGCCAUUUCUGGUCUGUAAUGUUUGUGUUUUUGGUUUCAGAUGCCUUACUCAUCACCUUCUCCUGGUGCAUACGGGGUGAGAACACAUCCUGGCACACCGUCUUGCACAAACUGAGUACAUUUUAUCAUGGGAAAGUAACAUUUUUAAAACAUCUUAACAUGGGAAUUUGCCUUUUUUUCCUACUCAGGGUGCUUCUGGAGGCGGGGGGCCCCCGGGAACUCCCAUCAUGCCCAGCCCUGCAGGUAAGCACCUCACUAAAAUUUAGCUCUUAUAGUCCUAACUUUUUUUCAUGCAGUGCCCAGCAGAAAUUAAACAUAUGUUUCCUAUUUUUUCCAGACUCAAACAACUCUGGUGACAAUUUGUACACCAUGAUCAACACUGGACCCGGCAACAGAAAUAAUGUAAGCUCUUUUUAUACCAUCAUUUUUAUAUCAUCCCCUUGCUUGUGUGGAAGUUAUAAUUUUCAUUCUUCUGUUAAAACCUCCAUGAUUUGAGAAAAUAAUAUCUUAAUGAGAGAUCUUCUCUUAUCUUUUAUGUAUGCAGUUAAUUUAAAAUCCUAGAAUACAGACGGCCCUUGUUAUCUCACAGUGAAAAACAAAAAAUAACUUCUAUAGAUUAUGAAAGGGCCACAAUGACUGAAAAUGAGUCAAAUCUUCCCAGAAAUUUACACUACAAACUCUAAUGUCUUAUCCCACCAAAUGACUUGCCUUAUGUGUGUCAACAUUUCUUUCUCACAGAUAGAUAUUGGGGACAAAAGUAUAAAAUGGUGCUUGUUGGUAGAUAAAGCUCGCUAAUUAAAACAAUUUCUGAAAUGCAAGAGUCUAGCUUCAGCAGAGCACAAUAACUCUGUUUCUGAGAGUCCCUCUCUAUAGAGGAAUGAAUCGAUGAGAGUUUUAUCAUAACAAAACAAAUGUACUUGUUAAACAGACUCCCUGUGUGUGUGUGUUAUUUUAAACUGAAUGCUUCUGGAGCUAAAACGACAUCAGCUCAGAGAAGCAGAAAUGAACAUACACAUAGCGUUUGUAAGUAGUUUCCUAGUUGUUUGACAGUUUACCACAGAGCUGGAUUCUCAGAUAUGAAGGUCGGGACUAACUCCAUCAUGGUUCAUGGUGGUUCACUUCUGACAAGGGCAGGUCACCAUGGUAACAUAUGCCAAACACCUCAAAUCUUGCAGUGAAACAUCUUAUUGGUACUUCCUAGUAAAAAAAAACUUUGUUGAAAACUGACCAAUCAGUUUACUUGACUGUGGACCUCUGUGAGCUGAUUGGGUGAGAGACUGUCGGAACACUCCCCGUAUGAUUUUACACAUAAAAAAAAUGAAUGAAUGUUAUUGAUUGUGUUUUCCUAUUGUGUCCAUUUAAAGACACAAUAGAGGCUUAAUAUGCUAACACCAGGGAAAGAGUGCACACUCUUUGAAUUGUAUUAUCGUAUGUAUGUAUAUCAUCUCCACAUUGCUCCGGUCAGGACUACAGCGGAAAUCUAACAUCCAAAACUGUCACACACUUACACACCACAAGAAUAAAUCUGAUCAAAUCAAUUUCAAGGAAUAUUUGGGACUUAUUGUCAGAACUUUUUCACACUCAUGAUGAGAAAGCACUACUGUGAAUCUUGAUUUACACAUUUACUGUUGACAUUUGCUGUUAUCUGAAGUUUUUCAUUUUACAGAUGCAGCUAUUUAGAUUUUAGUCAAGAUUAUCUUGUUCAUGUCAAUGUAGUUAACACCACCCCAUUCAUGCGAACCGGCUCACAAUAACUGUCAGAGUGAUAACCAGCUUUGAAGGACUGAGGCUUGAUCUCAGUGGGCAGAGUUAGUUGAACCAGAUCACCAUAAGACACCUGGGAUAUAACAUAAAAGGUUCCUGGUACUGAGGACUGACAGUUAAAUUAAAGAAAAUGUGUUGGAUAUGAGAAGUGAAUUGAUGUCCUCUUGUUCCCCUCCAGUUCCCGAUGGGCCCUGGCUCUGAUGGACCCCUGGGAGCCAUGGCUGGGAUGGAGCCACACCACAUGAACGGGUCACUAGGUAACCACAAAUGCUACAGAACACUUACUUAUACAAUACAGACACGUUUAGGUUAAACUGAAGGGCGUUAAGAGUGUGUGGUAAAGUGCUUUAUUGAAAGACAACAGAAUCUACUGAUAACCACUGUUAAAAAUGUGGGGUCAUGAGGAUUUAACAGUUUCUAUGUGUUUUAUGUCUUUUCAUUGUUAGGCUCGGGUGAUAUGGAUGGAAUGAACAAGGUAAAUAUUGUAACCACACUCAGUAUCUUGUCGUUAAAAAGAUGAUACUGCACAAAGACAAGAAAAAAAAAAAUCUUUGUUCUCUCUGUUUUCAGAACUCUCCAAACAAUUUAAGUGGCAUUAGCAAUCCUCCUGGGACCCCAAGGGAUGACGGGGAGCUGAGUGGAAACUUCCUCCACUCCUUUCAGGGCGAGAAUGUGAGUAUGCCCCUUUUCUCCAUUAACGUACAGUACAGACCAAAAGUUUGGACACACCUUCUCAUUCAAUGUCUUUUCUUUAUUUUUUUAUAUGACUGUUUACAUUGUAGAUUAUUACUGAAGGCAUUAAAACUAUGAAUGAACACAUGUAGAAUUUUGUACUUAUAAAUAAAGUGUGAAAUAACCGAAAACAUGUUUUAUAUCCUAGUUUCUUUAAAAUAGCCACCCUUUGCUCUUGAUGACAGAAGUACCUUGUCAGGGUUACUUCAGGCACUCCUGUGAAGUAAAAACCAUUUCAGAUGACUACCUCAUGAAGCUCAUUGAGAGAACAGCUAAAGUUUGCAGCGCUAUCAAAAAAGCAAAAGGUGGCUACUUUGAGAAAUCUAAAAUAUAAUACAUGUUUUCAGUUAUUUCACACUUUUUUCUUAAGCACAUGAUUCCACAUGUGUUCAUUCAUAGUUUUGAGAAUCUACAAUUUAAAUAGUAAUGAAAACAAAGAAAAUGCAUAGAAUGAGAAGGUGUGUCCAAACUUUUGGCCUGUACUGUAGCUAGACCAAAGGUGACUGAUAUCACGUCAUGAUGAGGUCAUCAGGAGGCUAGACGAAGAAGAAGAAGAAGACGUAGUCCAGGAAAAGGUUUGACGCGUCUCCCCUCUGUGUCUUUGUAGUACUCUCCAACCAUGACGAUGAGCGUGUGACCCUCCCCUCCACCCCACCUGACGUUAUUUGCCAUCAUUCCGAGGAUCUGAACUCACUACAGGACACGGCCAAACACAUCAGCACCAGAACAGGAAAAGGUGCCAUUUUGGUUCCACCGGUUCUCCGCCAGAAUGCUGAUCGGAGGAAAAUGGAAAUGGCUGGCGACUACUGCUCUUUGCUCAAAAUGAAGGACAAUUUUCUCCAUCAUUUAUCACAACCCGCCCCCCCCCUGAGUGUGACAAAACCAGCUACUGAAAAUGCAUACAAGACACGUUUGUUCUUUGCAGAGCCCCCUUAACCUCUCUCUCUCUUUGUCCCCUUCACCCUAGAGCAAAGAGAAAAAAAAUGGUUGAAGUUUACCUCUUGUACUUUUUAAUUAUUGCUUUGUGUUGCAAAAUGUGCAGGAUAUGUCUCCGCUUUUGUCACUUAAAAACACUGGAGAGUGUGUAUAUGCAUUGUGAGCUUGGAAAGUCUGUCUUGUCAUUUUACUUCUCGCCAUGCAUACUGUGUCACAACUGUCAGCUGACUUAGGACUCAGAUUUUUGCCUUUUUCUCUGUGGCCACCUUUAUGGAAAAUGUACCAUUCUCCCCAACGCCCUACCUUCUAUUUACAGAAAUCUGUAAGGGGGGGGGAAGACUUGGAAGAAUACAGCUUUUUUUUUUUUUUUUUUUUUUUGUGAUGACCAUGGUCCCUACUUUGUCGAAUUGAUCCCUUUCCCUCGACUAUAUCUGAUGGGCAUGCGAGUGCGCAGCCCUCUCUAAACGAAACGGCUACAUCGCUGUCGCGUUCUGUUAAAGGAUACCAGAGGAAGUGAGUGCAUGAACGCUGAGAAUCUGUGUACAACAUACUACCUAGUGCUGCUCUUCUCUACGUGGACACUUGCUUUAAGAUGUGGUGUAAAUCUCUUAACCUGUCUGUGCUUAACACUCUGUGCUCUUCAUCAUCGUAGCCUUGUGUUUUUUCCAGUUCGGUUCGUUAUAAUGAAACGGCUAUGAGUGAGCUGCCCGUUUAAAUCUCUCCUACAUAUUGGUUGUUCAUACUCCCACCUGUAUUCUUGGUCGUUCCCUUGGUCCUGCUCCCCCUCAUUUUUUUUUUUUUAAAUAUUUUGAUACAAUCUUUGACUACAUAUAUUGCCCCAGUUAUUCAGAGUUAGUCGAAGCUUUCUAAACUGAUUCUAGUAGGCAUCAUUAUAAACUUAGCAGCAGUCUUGUAAUGUGAUAAGGAUUUGUUUCUUUUUUUUUCUCCUGUGAACAUCAUGCAUUAUACACUUCUGUCCUAUGUUGCCUUUAUUUGCUGAUAUUUUUUUAUUUCAAAUUGAGGAAAGAUUGCUUGUUAAUAUAAUUUUACAAUAACUUAACUCCCA